AUGGCGACAGACGCACAAAUGCAGCAGGUUGCUGAGCUUGAGGUAGAAAUGAUGUCGGAUAUGUACCGUCGGAUGACCAACGCUUGUCAAGCCAAGUGCAUCGCCACCGCUUUCAAAGAGUCUGAAUUGACAAAAGGAGAAGCAGUGUGUCUGGAUCGAUGCGUUGCUAAGUACCUUGAUGUCCACGAGAAACUUGGAAAACGGCUAACAAACAUGUCACAAGGAGAUGAAGCCGCUCUUCAAAAAUUAGCUCAACAAUAG